AAACUUUUGAAGACAACAUCAUCUCACAAUCUCAUGAUAUUGCUUCCCAGUUCAUCAAUAUUGAAUUAACCAUUGACUUUUUUUUCAUAUCCGUCCACCAUGAUUGCUUAGCAGACAUCUCCACCAUCACCAACCAUGCGUCCUUACGAGAAACCUUUCGUUUCAAGCUCGACAUUAUGGAAAACCAAUACCUGUUUGACCAAGUUCUGUUUCCCACGUUUAGAAGACUCCGAAUCAAGACGGCCUCCCUUGCUUAUCACAACUUCGUUCAUGAAAUUUUUGUACGUGGGAUUUGUAGCAUAGGAACUAAUCGUGAAGUCUUGCCCUUGCGAUCGGUGAUACAAGCUUCCGUUGUGGAACACCUUCACGUUCACAGUGACGGGGUUUUGAUGGGAAGAGCUUUGGCUGAAUCGGCAUUGGAGUUUGAAAGCAGUAACUAUGGUAUGGUUCCGACUAAAGAGUCAUUGGUUAAGGAGAUGGUAAAGAUGGUCAAAGUAGAAGCUGGAGGUGAAGAAGAUUGCAUGAUAUGUUUGGAGGAGCUGGAGGUUGGGUUUUAUGCUUCUCGGAUGCCUUGUUCUCAUACUUUUCAUGGCGAUUGCAUCGAGAAGUGGUUGAAGCAGAGCCAUUAUUGUCCUCUUUGCCGGUUCCAGAUGCCAACGAAUUAGGUUUAGAUAUCAACUUUUCAUUGGCCUUCAUUUAUUUCCUAUGUUAUUGUGUAACUUCUGUUAAGAUUUAGUAAUUUGUUGGAGCCAUUAAUGAAACAAUUUAAUAAAGA